AUGCCUUCUCCAAUUGUUGCCGCUACGGUCCAGGCGGCGGGCCUGUCGACAGCUUCUAAUAUCAUGGCCCAGAUGAUUGAGGCCCGCCAAGCCAAUCGCCCAAUGUCCCUAGACAUAAUCCAGCUCCUCCGCUUUGUUGUCCUCACUUUAAUGACUGCCCCUCCCAACUAUCACUGGCAAGCCUUUCUAGAGCGCAAGUUCCCGGCUUAUCCUGUCAGUAAAAGGCCCAACCUCGAUCGUCUGAAUGACCUCGAGAUGCAGCCUAGCCAAGACGCACCUGAGCUCAAGGAGGGCUACGAGGAACGUUUGACACAGAUCAACAAAGAUAGAGAGCCCGAGUUCAGUACGCGUAACACCUUGACCAAGUGGUUUGUUGAUUGUAUCACUGCGGGUGCCAUCAUGAACACGGUCGCGUUUCUGGUAAUCAUGGGUCUGCUCAAGGGACAAGGCGGCUCUCAAAUCUGGAGCAACAUCAGGACGGUUCGUUAGAUAUUCAUUGUCUGAUAUUCAUACUGACAAAUCACAGGAAACGAUUCCCAUCAUUGUUGCUGGGUACAAAAUCUGGCCAAUUGCAUCCAUCAUCAGCUUCACUUUUA